GUCAGGAAGAAGUCUUGUUCUUGAAAGUGGAAACGAAAUGCUUCACGGACUUGCCUAACAAAGUCCUUGAGUCCAUGGGGUUGGAAAGGUACGUGAUCUACCUGGCCGAAAACGCCUUCGGCAUCCGCCGGUCGCAGCUUGGCCAGGAGCUGCCCAAGGAAGCAACGUCCCAGGAGGUGCCUCCAGAUACAUUGCGCCUGGCCUUCAACCACUUCACCAUCUUCACCAAGUCUACAUUGGCGGAGCAAACAACUCCUGCUGCCCUUGCGUUCUUUGACGAGUUUGCCAUGGCGGCGAACAUGAGCUUCAUCGACGAGGACCUGGACGAGUCUGAGAUUGGCGGCAAUCUGACUUGGUAUCCGCCAGCAGACACCAGUGAGGUAUCAGACUAUUUGGUGUACCUGGCCGAAGAUCAAGCUGGCCGAAAUCGGUCCUUGGUUGGCGUCGUUGAAGUUGGGACACAUGACUUUGCCAUUCCACCGGACACGCCUCUUCUUUCCUUUACGCACCUGACCAUUUUCGCGAGGUCAGAGCUUGUGGAACAAACAACGCCCAUGGCCCUUCCCAUCGUUGAUUCUGUGAGCAGCGUUUCGAAUGUGAGUUUCACGGACCUGGACUUGGAUGUAGGCGACCUGGGCGGGACCCUGGAAUGGUCGCUCCCAUCAAGCGACAUCGAGUUGGUGGAGUCGUACUACGUGUACUUAGCCGCGAGUGACGCCGGGUAUGGCAGGAAGCUGGCGUCGGUGGUGGAUCCCUCUGCUGCCUUUCAGGAGAUCCUGGUGAACACAAAGGUCGAAGCCUUCAAGCAUCUGCUGGUGUACACCAAAUCGCCCUUGGCUGAACAGACAACUCCUGCGUCCGUGGCUAUCUCAGAUUCGGCAGUGACUGCCUUGAAUCUCAGUUUCUCUGACUUCGACUUGGACCAAGAGGAUCUGGGAGGGAACCUGACAUGGUCAGAGUCGGAGGACUUGCGCUACGUGGACAUUUAUCGGGUCUACCUGGCAAUCGCAGAAGACACCUCUGACAACGGCACAGCCCCGGCGCGGGGCGGCGGCAGUGCACUUGAGAUCGUCGAGCGCGUGCUUUUUGCUGCCAUCCCUGUUGGCACGACAGAGCUGGUGAUUCCUCCAGAAACGCCUUUGGCCAGCAAUUCAAGCCACUUCUUCACCCAUUUUCUUAUUUAUGGCAAGUCCAGCCUUGCCGAGCAGAGCACUCCGGCAAGUUUGUUGAUUGAAGAUUUGGCCGCUAGCGCUUCGGCGGUGAACUUCACCGAUGAGGAUUUGGACGAAAGCGAGCUCGGCGGUAACGUCACAUGGGUGGAGCCCGAGGAAGACCUGGGCCGUCUAAAUUGGUACCGCCUCUUUCUGCAAGACCCAGAUGGGCUCACACGUCGCCAGGUCGAGGAGGACAUUGGCGCUGGCCAGAGCUCUGCCGGAAUUUCAGCCGAAACAAAACAGGAUGGCUUUAGCCAUCUGGCCGUCUACACCGUGACCGAGCUCGCAGAGCAGACGACGCCGGCAAGCCUUGCCAUUCACGACACGGUUGCACGACCCUCCAACUUGACUUUUUUUGAUCUCGACCUUGACCUGGGCCAUCUUGGAGGCAACCUGAGCUGGCAAGAGCCCGCGGACAUGAGCCAGGUCACCCACUAUGUGGCCUACUUUGCAGAGGUGCUCAGUCAGAAUGCAGCCCGCCUUAUGGUGCAUUGA